UGUGGCGAAAUACAGAGAGGCUGCAGAGUAGAGAUACAGAAGUACAUUUUUACCCCCCAAAUCCACCUCUCUCUCUCUCUCUCUCUCUCUCUCUCUUCCAACUCUUCACCCCAAAACCCAGACUCCAAAAUGGCGUCCGUUCUAAACCCAGUCUCAUCCAUUCGAUUAACGAAUACCAUGACUGCUCCAUGUCGAACACCGUCUAAUUCGCUACCAAAUUCUCUCACUCUCUCUCGUCGGAGAUUGAUGGUCAGAGCAGCGGAAACGGAUGCAAACGAAGUAGUUAAGGCUCCAGCACCGGAUAAGGCGCCUGUGGCUGCGGGUUCGAGCAUUAACCAGAUUUUGGGCAUCAAAGGAGCCAAACAAGAGACGGAUAUAUGGAAGAUUCGUGUUCAACUUACAAAGCCUGUUACUUGGCCUCCAUUAGUAUGGGGAGUGGUUUGUGGAGCUGCUGCUUCCGGAAACUUCCACUGGACGGUGGAUGAUGUUGCCAAAUCAAUUGUUUGUAUGAUGAUGUCUGGCCCGUGUCUGACUGGCUAUACACAGACACUCAAUGAUUGGUAUGAUAGAGAGAUCGAUGCCAUUAAUGAACCUUAUCGUCCUAUUCCUUCCGGGGCAAUAUCUGAGAAUGAGGUGAUAACCCAAAUCUGGGUGCUGCUUCUAGGAGGCCUCGGGUUGGCUGGUUUAUUGGAUGUCUGGGCAGGGCAUGAUUUCCCCAUUCUAUUUUACCUUGCUAUAGGCGGGUCUUUGCUAUCUUACAUUUACUCAGCACCACCUUUAAAGCUCAAACAGAAUGGAUGGAUUGGAAAUUUUGCUCUUGGAGCAAGCUAUAUAAGUUUGCCGUGGUGGGCUGGUCAAGCAUUAUUUGGAACCCUGACACCUGACAUAAUUGUCCUCACGCUCUUGUACAGCAUAGCUGGGCUAGGUAUUGCAAUUGUAAAUGACUUCAAAAGUGUUGAAGGCGAUAGAGCCCUCGGACUUCAGUCACUUCCUGUGGCUUUUGGUGCUGAGACUGCUAAAUGGAUUUGUGUUGGUGCUAUUGACAUUACUCAGAUAUCUGUGGCUGGUUAUCUUCUAGGGUCUGGGAAACCAUAUUACGCCCUUGCCCUUCUUGGUCUGAUACUUCCACAAGUCUUUUUCCAGUUCAAGUACUUCCUCAAGGACCCAGUCAAAAACGAUGUCAAAUAUCAGGCUAGUGCCCAACCGUUUCUUGUACUUGGGCUUUUGGUGACUGCUUUAGCAACUAGCCAUUGAACGGAAAUGAGAAAAACUUGGGCUUUCCGUUUUUCAUACAAAGAACGGAAAUGAGAAGUAUUUAGCCGGGAACAGGUGAUGUUGCUAGACCAGAAAACAGCUUCUUCCACAUAGUUUUUAUGCAGUAGAAGUGUUUGCUAAUUUCGUUUCCUUUUUUUUUUUUUGUUGGGUAACGUUUGGCAGCGCAAGUAUAACAUAAGCAGGCCACCGUGUCAUUUUCCUUUGGUGAAUGCCCCUUGCUUUUGUCAACUGAUUUGUUGUAAAAAGUUUUAGUAUUGCUCGUAGUGUGUUCCUUUGGGGUCUGUUGAUUAGAAAGAGAAUGAUAAAAAGUGCAAGAAACUAAAGAAUCCGAUACAACUUAUUGCCAAAACCACCAGAACAUUUAUAGUACUAUCGUGAAACUAGUUAUCCAAAAAUUGGAAAUUUAUCA